GUUAAAAUAGUCAGUUGGCUCCAUUAAAAAUAAUCCAAGAAUCAACCAUAACUAGUUGAUGAAAAAGUCAGCUUUUAAUGCAUUUAAAGUUAGUUGAGUUGCUGGCAGGGAUGGCUCCACACAGUGAGAAUUUUAAAUGUCCACAGUGUGACAAAAAUGUUACCAAGACCCAAAGAAGUGUUGGUUGUGCUUAUUGUGGUGAAUACUUUCAUAUAAAAUGUGCCGACAUUUCCUUAGAACAACAUAGUAUUUUAUUAAAAAAUAAAGUUUUAAAGUAUAUCUGCAGUAAUUGUACUAAUAUACGCAAAGGCUGUAAUGUGCAGGAGGAGUUAAGGAAUGGUUUUGCGGCUCUAAAAGUUUCUUUGGAAAAGGACUUAGAGGAAAAGAUUCAAGCGAGUAGACAGCUGCUUAAUGAACAUCUUGAAGCUGGUUUAAGGGUAAUCGAAGAGAAAUUUUCUGAAUUAUCAAAUUCUCAACCAAUCUGUGAUGUAGAACUGAUAAAAUCUGAUUUGAAACAUUGUUUCGAUGUAGUCAAAGUGGUUGAUAAUGCGGCCAAUAGCAAAUUAAUUAAACUUGAAACUCAGGCGAGUAUAUUGCAAAGAAGGCUAAAUAGAGCAAAUGUUGUUAUCUGGGGGCUGCCUAAAAAAAUUAAGGAUCUUCGUACUCCUGUUAGAAAAAUUUUUUCUUUGUGCAAUGUGUCAGUAUCGGAUACGGAUCUUCAGCAUUGCACUUAUUUUGCUGGCGGUAAAGCUGUUUUGGUAAAGUUUAAUUCAAUUCAGGUUCGGGAUAUUGUUAUGUUUAAUUACAACAAAGCUAGAAACAUAAAGCUAAGUGAUGUCAUUCCCUCUUCUGUUCAUUCUAAAAUAAUUAUAAAUGAUCAUUUAACUGAUGCAGCAAGAAAGUUGAUUUCUGUAUGUCGGAGGCUGAGAAAUGAAGGAAAAUUUGUUAAAUAUAAAUUCAAAAACUAUGAUAUUCCGAAAGCUAGCAUUACAAUGAAUGAUGGGUCGGUGAAGUUGCUCUCUUAUAAUCAAUGUAUUGAACUAUUUGGCGAUUUAAAUAACUGCUCACUUUCUCCAAUUAAUAUUUCCAAUCCCAGUUUUUUGUCAACAUAA